AUGAGGCGCACACCUGCCUCAGGGCCCCAGCUGCCUCUGCCUUCCUUGCUGCUAACUCUGCUUCUGGGACUCUCAGGAGUGAUCGGUCAGGAGGAGCUACAGGUGGCUCAGCCUGGGACGGUGUCCGUCAAAGCUGGAGAGACGGUCAAUCUGUCAUGUGUCCUCUCCUCUCCUUUGCCCGUGGGGCCCAUCCAGUGGUUCAGGGGAGCAGGACCCGAUCAGCAGUUAGUCUACAAUUUCAGAGCAGGCCUGGACCACAUACACCUCUUCCCCCGAGUGAGAAGCCUUACAGAUCAAACAAAACAAGGGAACCUGGACUAUUCCAUCAGCAUCAGUAACAUCACCCCAGCCGACACCGGCACCUACUUCUGUGUGAAGUUCAGGAAAGGAAGCCCUGAUGUGGAGUAUAAGUCAGGUCCCGGGACCCGGGUGACUGUGAGUGCCAAACCCUCUGCCCCUGUGGUAUUGGGACCCCCCACGAGGACCACCCCUGGACACAGAGUGAGCUUCACCUGCCAGUCCCAUGGCUUCUCCCCCCGAGAUGUCGCCCUGAAGUGGUUAAAAAAUGGGAAUGAGCUCCUGAUCCACCAGGAAGAGGUGGUCCCGACGGGCGACAGUGUCUCCUACAGCGUCUCCAGCACGGCCCAGGUCAUGCUGACCCAGGAUGACGUCCACAGCCAGGUCAUCUGUGAGGUGGCCCACAUGACCCUGCAGGGCUCUCUCCGUGGGACGGCCAACUUGUCUGAGACCAUCCGAGUUCCGCCCACCUUGGAGAUUAUGCAGAUACAUCACGGGAACGAGGUGGAUGUCUCCUGCCAGGUGAAGAAGUUCUACCCCGAGAAUCUAAACUUAACCUGGUUGGAGAAUGGAAUUGUAUCCCGAGUGCAUUCAGCCUCAAUCCUCACCGAGGACAAGGAUGGGACCUAUAACCUGAAGAGCUGGAUCCUGGUGAUGUCAUCUGCCCUCAGGGAGGAUGUGGUGCUCACCUGCCACAUUGUGCAUGACGGGCAGCCAGCGGUCACCAAGCAGCUGACCGUGACACGCACAGACCCAGAGAAGGACGUGGACACAGACAGACCCUCUGGUCUCCUCAUGGGCUUCAAACUGCUGCUGCUGCUGCUGGUUGGUGUCUCUAUCUUCUAUGUCCACAGGAAACAGACGUCCCAAAUGUAA